AGCAGCGCAAAGUCCACCCGUCGUAUCAGUAUAUUUGCGGGAGCAAAAGGGAGUUUUUUUUUUCCUUUCUCUGCUGCGUUCAUAUCAAAAUCUCCCACACGGCAAGCAGCAGCGCACCACCAAGACGUCGUUGCUUGAUAUAGAUCAUUCCCCUGGGUAUUGUUUGUUCGCCAUCUUCGUCCCCAGGGAUCGGUAGCCACUGCAUUGUGCAGAGGAUUCAGAAGGCAAUUUUCGUUCUUCAGUUCAUAUCAGACAGGUUUCUCUUCCCUAUUCUUGGGAGUCCAGUACGCUUUAUGGAAGUUGGAAUCUUAGCAGAGAGGAAGAAUCGAAGAAGAUGCCUUUGAGGUAGCAUGAGGUGAGGUGAGCGAGUGGAGGAGGGGGGAUUCAGACAGCCAGGGCUGGUUCAUUUUGUGGAACUCUUGGUGGUUUGUAUGUUCUGAGGUGUGGCUGAAUUGACUAGCGAAAAUGUUGGUGUCUGCAAGAAAAGGACUGCUCUUUUUGUUCAUAAGUUCUGUAGUUUUGUUGUUUCCUGCUCCCUCUGAUGGCUCAUCAAACUCUACGGUGAAUCUCAAUCAAAGCCACAACAAGACCGGCCAUCCUUUGGAGAUGACACCCAAAGUAUUAUUUCAACUCAAGUUGCACGCACUGUUCCACUGGUCCUCUUUUGGUUUCCUGAUGCCGGUAGGGAUAAUCCUAGCCAGAAUGUCAAGCAAAUCUAAAAGCGGCAGAUGCAUCAGAGUCCUUUUCUAUUGCCAUGUCAUUUCUCAGAUUGCAGCUGUACUGCUUGCUACUGGCGGCGCGGCACUGUCACUGAUGAACUUUGAGAACUCAUUCAGUAACAGUCACCAGAGGGUAGGAUUAGCGCUGUAUGGAUUUAUAUGGCUCCAGCCAAUUAUCGGUUUCUUCAGACCAGAAAGAGGUGUUAAGAUAAGGAGCUUGUGGUACUUCCUCCACUGGCUUCUCGGCAUCGCAAUUUGCGCAACUGGAGUCACAAAUGUUUACAUUGGACUUCACACCUACCAUGAGAGAACCACAAAGAAUAUGAAGCUUUGGACAGGCCUCCUUACAUUCGAGCUCUCCUUGCUAGUUUUCCUCUACCUCUUGAUAGACAGAUGGAGCUACAUGAUGAAACAAGGAAAUGCUCCUAUCGAGCAGCUAAGACCUACCGACAAUCGCAGAACCUACCCGACAACUCUUCGGAAGGAAUUGGGUAUGGUGCAAGAGUGAGAUGCCCAAAUAAUAAAGAUAAAUUAGGAGGGCAAGUGCUGUAAAGUUUGUUGGGAAGAUGGUAAAUUGGUAAUGCUCAUGGUUUGAUAGCUUGUAUUGGUUUGAGAGGUGUGCCUUGAACAUUUGUACAGGUCUAUACUUUGUUCAGAUUGUAGAGGAUUGCGGAGGCCUCUAAAGUGCUGUAUGGCAUGCGGUGCAUUUUAUAUUUUGUUUCAAGGCACCAUUUGUAUUGUAUGUGAAAAGGUACACAUUUGGAACAUUGUAUUUCUCAGGCAAGAAAUGACUGUCCACUGCUCUCUA